AUGCAGCCGGCCGAGAUCCAGUUCGCCCAGCGGCUGGCGUCCCACGAGAAGGGCAUCCGGGACCGCGCGGUGAAGAAGCUGCGCCAGUACAUCAGCGUGAAGACGCAGAGGGAGACAGGAGGUUUCAGUCAAGAAGAACUUCUAAAGAUAUGGAAAGGGCUCUUCUAUUGCAUGUGGGUGCAGGACGAACCCCUUCUGCAGGAGGAGUUAGCAAACACGAUUUCCCAGCUCAUCCAUGCUGUUAACAACUCUGAGGCCCAACACCUGUUCAUUCAGACCUUCUGGCAAACCAUGAACCGAGAGUGGAAGGGGAUCGACAGGCUGCGCCUGGACAAGUACUACAUGCUGAUCCGUCUGGUCCUGAGGGAGUCCUUUGAAGUUCUGAAGCAGAAUGGCUGGGAAGAAAGCCGCAUCAAGCUUUUCCUCGAUGUCUUGAUGAAGGAAGUCUUGCACCCUGAGAGUCAGUCUCCAAAUGGGGUGAAAUUUCACUUCAUUGAUAUUUAUCUGGAUGAACUAUCCAAAGUGGGAGGGAAAGAGCUUUUAGCAGAUCAGAAUCUCAAGUUUAUUGAUCCAUUCUGCAAAAUUGCUGCCAAGACUAAGGACCAUACACUGGUGCAGACUAUAGCGAGGGGUGUUUUUGAAGUCAUUGUAGAUCAGUCUCCUUUUGUACCUGAAGAGACGAUGGAAGAACAGAAAACUACAGUGGGUGACAGCGACCUGCCUAAAGAAGAGAUAGCUGACAGUGAGGUGACAUGGAGAAAAACACUCAGUAAAAAGAAAACAGCACUGAGCAAAUAUCACUCCAGAAAGGAAGGAAUCAGUGAUGAAAGUGAGACAGAUGGUGGCGGAAGCAUGGAGGACACUGGGCCGCCUCUCCAGUUUGAUUAUAAGGCUGUUGCGGACCGACUCCUGGAAAUAACCAACAGGAAAAACAUCCCUCCCUUCAACAGGAAACGUCUCUGCAAGCUAAUCAAGAAAUUCCAAGAUCUCUCUGAAGCAGGCACUAUGUCUCAACUCGGUUUUGCUGAGGACAUUUCUGCUGAUGAAGAUGACCAAACGCUUAGUCAAGGAAGGCAUAAGAAAAAAGGAAAUAAACUUUUAGAGAAAACUAACAUGGAAAAAGGUGAAGGAAACAGGCUCGCUUUUGCUGAGGAAGAGGAGGGUAAAGCUGCUGUUCACAGGAGGAAAAGGAAAAAGAAGAAGAACCACCUUUCAUCUGAACACUUAGGGUCAGGGGUCAAAGCCGUUUCCCCAGAACAGAACGGGGACAGUGAGCCAGAGGCAGGUCCAGGAAGAGCCCAGCUGGGUGAGAAUGAGCUAGGGGCAGGGGUUUCGCCCAGCCCCCAGGGGCAGAGCAGCUCGGAGCACCCCCUCGUGCAUUCUCCCAUGCACAGCAGGAGGAAACGACCGAGGAAGAGGAGCCCCCGGGUCCAGGGACUGGUCUCCGAGUCCACAGCGUCGCCUCUGGAGGACUUGUGUCAAGGUGGCCCCGACAGUAGUUAUGCUCUGGUGCCUGUCCCCCACGCUUCCCCAGCCAGUGGCGCCCCGGCCCUGAAGAGGAAGCGGAAACUCAGGGCUCCCCUGGCCAACGGCAGCCCGCCCGAGCUGACCUGGCCCCCGCCCCAGGGGGAAGGCCCAGCAGUCGGAGGGGAUUGCCCAGCCACACUGCUCCCGGGCGGGAGACUGAAGAAGAAGAAGGGGGAGCCCAGCCGGCUUGACCUCUACAGCCCAUCCACGCAAAAAGCUGCCAUCUUCAAGAAGAGGAAGAAAAUGAGAGAGAUGUUGAACUUGGUUGAACACAGCAGAGGACUGGAAUCCGAACUCAAGCUCGUCCAGGCUCUGGGGAGCAGUGGAGCCUUCAGCCCUUUGAAGAAGAAGAAGCUGAGGACUGAGAAUGACUUUGUGAAGUUUGACACGCCCUUCUUACCAAAGCCCCUGUUCUUCAGGAAAGCCAAAAGCAGCUCCGCCGCCCCUGUGACCCCUGCUAUGCAGCUCAACAAAACACCGUCCAGCUCCAAGAAGGUCACCUUCGGGCUGAACAGAAACAUGACUGCGGAAUUCAAGAAGACAGACAAGAGCAUCUUAGUCAGUCCCACAGGCCUCUCCCGAGUGGCCUUCAACCCUGAGCAGAGGCCCCUCCACGGAGUGCUAAAGACCCCGACCAGCUCCCCUGCCAGCACCCCCCCGGGGACCAAGAAGCCGCUGACUGCCACCCCAAAGAGAAGGCCCACGGCUAUGGACUUCUUCUGA